AUGACCUUCUCGGUUUAUAUCGCGCUUCAAAUUGUGCUUCUGGCGUUAUGGGCCAGUUCGGCCGCCCCUUCAACCAAGACCACUCUGGCGACGGUUUCAUUAACAAUUGCGGGCUUCAUACUAUUUGCCAAUUUGUCGUACUUGGAGCACACGCGCUCACUACGUCCAUCGACGCCCAUUACCAUCUAUCUGGGCAUCUCCAUCUUGCUGGAUCUCGCACGUGUGCGCACCCUGUUCUUUAUUCCCGGCAGCCAGUCGGUUGCCAAAGUCAAUCUGGCCAGCUUCUGCGUCAAGCUGAUCAUUUUUUUGUUGGAGCUGACGGAGAAGCGGCGGCUACUCCUGCCCGCGUGGCAAGAUGCUUCUCCAGAGGCAGUGGGCAGUGUCUAUAAUAGAGUACUCUUUUGGUGGCUGAAUAGCCUUUUCAUGAAAGGGUUCCGCAACUUGAUCAGCAUAAACUCAUUACCGGUCCUCGAUACGGAGCUUCUCAAGACGGCAAAUCCAACAGAGCUCGUGGAGAAAUGGAACAGAGUGGAUGCGUCCAAGAAAAAUGCUCUGCUUUGGACAUUUCUCCUUCAUUACAAAUGGGACUUAUUAGCCGGUGUGGUACCGCGCUUGGCUUGCAUCGGCUUCACAUUUGCGCAGCCAUUUCUACUGGAAAGAGUCCUUGACUUCACGGCAGAACCGGUUGAGUCGUCCAGGAAAGAGUUCGCCUAUGGACUGAUAGGCGCAUACGCUAUUGUGUAUAUUGGGAAAGCUGCAACCUUUACUGCAUAUCAGCACAAGACGUAUCGCCUCCUCACAAUGUUCCGCGGCAGCCUCAUUUCCCUCAUCUUUUCCAAGACUCUUCGUAUGAGUGCUACCAAGAUUUCCGAUGCCGAAGCCAUCACAUUGAUGAGCGCUGAUAUUGAUCGCAUUGCCCUGAGUCUGGAGCUUGUGCACGAGUUUUACUCCAGUUUCAUCGAAAUCGCAUUGUCCAUGUGGCUACUGUACAGACUGCUCGGUGUCGCCAUGGCGGCUGCAACCGCCCAUGUAGUUGUAUGCCUAGUGUUAGGGAUACCUAUAGCCGCCGCCGCAGGCAAUGCAAACGUCCCAUGGUUGGAAGCUAUCGAGAGACGUUUGGCUGUGACGACGAAAAUGCUGGGUUCGAUGAAGGCAAUUAAGAUGACUGGCCUAACAAACGUCAUGUCCAACGUCAUUUCGAGCCUCAGAUCGUUAGAAAUUGGUGCGUCACGCCGCCAUCGUAUCUUUACUGUCUUGGAGGCCGUUACAUCAUACACGUCCGAUGCUUUCUCCUCCGUAUGGGGGUUUGGAGUCUUCAUUCUUCUUGCGCGAUCGAACAAUACUACGACAUUGACAGAAGGAAUCGCAUUCUCGGCAUUGUCUCUUUUUUCGCUCCAGGUCCAGCCUUUAACAUUUAUUCUGAAUGGUUUUGAAGAUAUUCAAACAAUUAUUAACUCUUUUAACCGCAUACAAGAACAUCUAGCAUCUGAAGAAAGAGAAGAUCCCAGAGACACUCCGGAAACUAGGAAGAAUCUCGAAAGGGACUCCUCCUCCGAGACGUCGCUUGGUUUCGGAGAACCAAAAGCAGUACCUCUAGGAUCUGUGUCCGCACUUGGCGACACAAAUGCUGCCAUUGUUAUCAAAGACGCCACAACUGGAUAUUCUGCCGAGUCAUCCAUUCUCAAUGGCAUAAAUCUCGAAAUUAGCCGCGGCAAAACGACCGUGGUGGUGGGACCAGUAGGAUGCGGCAAAUCAACUCUGCUGAGACUUAUCCUUGGAGAAAUGCCUGUAACUAGCGGAACAGUCUCGACAUCAUUCUCAAGGGCAGCAUUCUGUCCACAGUCUCCAUGGAUCACCUGGGGCACCAUCCAAAACAACAUCAUUGGAAUGUCUAGGUGGGACAAGCCCUGGUAUAAUACUGUGGUGAAAGCCUGCGCGCUCUCAGCGGAUUUCGAGCAAUUACGAGACGGGGAUCAAACCAACGUGGGAACUAGGGGCUCCAGACUUAGUGGAGGGCAGCAAAUGCGUCUUUCGUUAGCAAGAGCCCUUUACUCUAGAAAUCAAGUCAUGGUACUUGAUGACGUGCUCACCGGUCUUGACCGAGCCACCGAAGCAAGCAUUCUUGAUGCAGUUUUCGGCCCUAGUGGGCUCUUGAGAUCGUCACAGACUACCGUGGUGCUAACUACGAAUUCGAUCAACCAUGUGCAAUAUGCAGACUAUAUUGUUAUUCUGAACAAGGAUGGGACCGUUGCCGAGCAAGGCACAAGGGACUCUUUGUCGACCUCUGUAGGCUACAUAGAACGACUAUCUGGCAUAGUGCAGGGGACCACGGUUCGACCAGAGUUCGAACUCGCCGAGGAGACGCUUCAGGAGCUCGGCCUGCCUGACGAGGAUGAAGAACAAGAUGUCACGAGUCGCGGAACAAGUGAUUGGAGGAUCUACGCUUACUUCAUUCACAUCGCGGGGAAAUGGACCUUCCUCUUGUAUCUCUUUGGAUGCGCAUGCUUCAUUUUCGGGCUCAACUUUCCUUCAAUCUGGUUGCAGUGGUGGACCAAUGCGAACGCAAAGACGCCCAACGACAAGAUUGGCUACUGGCUAGGCAUCUACGGCCUGCUGGGAGCCUUGGCGGUUUUGGGUUGUUUUGCCUCAGAUUGGAUAUUCAAUAUCAUUCUGCUGCCUAAAAUAUCGAGAAAGUUUCAUGAGCUUUUGCUCGCGACAACCAUGAAGCAAGUCUUGCCUUUCACAUGUUUACUCUUGUUCAACUUUCUAACUUCUCUCUUAAGCGCGCCGACAUCCUUUUUAACAUCAACUGAUGCUGGCCAAAUUGCCAACAGGUUUAGUCAAGAUUUGCAAUUAGUUGACAACGAUCUGGCACAUGCCCUAGACCAGACAGUUGUUCAGCUAUUUACUGUUGUCAUUUCUGCUGUUUUAGUCUUCACCGGCUCAGGCUACUUGGCCGCAACGGUCCCCGUGUGCAUCUUCUUUGUCUACAUGAUACAGUUUUACUAUCUACGUACAUCACGUCAGCUUCGAAUCAUAGACAUUGAAGCCAAGGCCCCUUUAUUCUCUCAGUUCCUGGAAACUCUGGCGGGUGUGUCCUGUAUCCGUGCCUACGGGUGGACAGACAACUACCUCCAACGCAACUAUCAUGUGCUCAAUACAUCUCAGAGGCCCUAUUAUCUACUCUGGUGCAUACAAAGAUGGCUCAAUCUAGUUCUAGAUUUAAUGGUCGGCGGCAUCGCUGUUAUCCUCGUUGCUUUUGCAACCGCCACUGCCGGUGGAAAGACUGGCUAUCUUGGCGUUGCUCUAUUCGGCAUCAUUAAUUUUAGUGGCACGCUUCAGACUCUUAUCGCACAGUGGACACAAUUGGAGACGGCCCUUGGCGCCAUAAGUCGUAUAAGAUCAUACGUCUCAAACACUCCAUCCGAAAACCAAGGGGCCAAUACACGUCAUCCUCCGGAGGGCUGGCCCUUAAGUGGCACAAUCGAGUUUAGUAAUGUCUCGGCUUCGUAUCAGUCUUCUCAAGAGCCAGUCUUGAAAGAUGUCAAUCUAUCCAUCAAUGCUGGCGAGAAGGUGGCCAUUUGUGGCCGUACAGGCAGUGGCAAAACGUCUUUAAUCUCCACGUUGCUACGCCUUCUUGAGCUGGAUACGGGAAGUGUUACUAUUGAUGGUGUGGACAUUAGUACGAUUCCCCGGCAGGAGGUGCGCUUACGGCUGAACACGCUACCUCAAGAGCCGUUUUUCUUACAAGCCAGUAUACGCGAUAAUGUUGAUCUAUUGCACUUAUCCGAUGAUGAUUCUAUUAUUGCCGCGCUUCGGUCCGUAAAUCUGUGGCAGAUGCUGGAGGAACGCGGUGGGCUGGAUGAGAUGAUCAGCGAAGAACUUCUCUCCCACGGGCAGCGGCAGCUAUUCUGCCUCGCACGCGCCAUUGUGAAGCCCAGCAGUAUAGUCAUUAUAGAUGAGGCAACCAGCAGUGUCAACUCGGAUGAAGAAGAAAUAAUGGAGCGAUUUCUACAAGAUGACUUUCGUGGCCGAACCAUCAUCGCCGUCGCCCACAAGUUACACACAGUGUUGGACUUUGACCGUGUUGUGCUCAUGGACAAAGGCCACAUUCUUGAGAAUGGUAAUCCGCGGGAGCUUCUCGCGAACUCUGAGUCUGCUUUUCAUUCUCUGUACAUGAGCUUAUCUACUGUAUCUGAGAAGAAACAAGGCCAAUAA